AUGGAAAGACGUAAAUUAUUGGUGAAUUUGGGCAAAACGGGACGACAAUGCGAUAUUAUGAACCGAGAAGAUCUAUUACAACUUAUCGAUAACAACCGUGAAACUAGUUCUGAAAGUCCGAAACGAUCUUUUAAAGAAGAUGAAAGCUUACAGAAAAUAAGCGAUGGAUUUUUCGACAAAAAUGCUGUGUUGGCCGAUGAAGUUAUUGAACAUCUUAUAGAAGACCUUGAUGUGUCAGCGAUGAAGACAAAUGAGUAUCAGUUAACUUCGCAAGAUAAGUUCCCAUGUUCUGUGUACUCUAGGUCGGUCACACCAGUUCACUCUCAAUCUGAAAUACAAAUUAAUUCAGAAAAUGUUUAUGUUGAUAAUAGAGAUUCUCCGAGCAAAUUAUCGGAUACACCAACGCCCUCAGUAUACAACUCAUUUACUUCAAGUCCGCGUCCAUUAUCAGAAUUAGAUCAAAAUAUCUGUUUAACAAACUCAGGCAGGCCAUCGCGUAUGUUACUAAUUUCAAACUGUCAAUCUUCUAUAAGCAACACUAGUGAUGCUUCUUCGGCGGUGGAGGCAUAA